AUGAGGAUCUGUCUCAUUGCUAGUUCUCCGGGAUCAAGACAUCCCAGAAAUCUUGAAGGGGCCAAUUACAGAUGGGAGGUCGCUCUGCAGGGCCUCUCUGUCUUCGACGGAGUCAACAGCUGCUCUGAUUAUCGCCGGCAAGGGCUCCAUCGACGUUCUUUGGCCAGAUUCCUGAAGCUGCCGCAGGAAGCGGUAUCUGGUACGCUCCCUUGCCCGCGAAGGCAUUCCACGCCGUUCCUUUGGCUGCCGGAGCACCAAGCGGGCGGCGGGGCCGGGGCGGGCACAGCGCCUUCCGCGGCCCCGGGCAGCGGCGCGGCCCGCGGGGUCGCCCGGCAACGCGGUGGACGCGGUGCGACCGGCCCGCGGCCAUGGCCUUCAAGGCGGGCAAGAAGAAGGAGGUGUCCAGCAGCUCAUGCGUCUCCCCCAAAACGUGAGAGCCUGGGAGAGAGGGAGGGUGGGCGCGGCAGGAUGGCAGCCCCCGCCGGCCGGCCCGACACCGCAGUGCCCAGCCUGGGCUCCCGGCUGGAGCUCCCCCGAGUUUCCCUGCCUCGGCCCGGGCGGCCGUCCGUGUCGGCGGGCACCUGUGCGGGGCCGCCCUGGCACCGCCGUGGCACCGGCCGGACACGGGCGCUGUGCGGGCAAACAGCUCGUACUAAGAAAGUUCAUUUGCUCGUGCCUACUAUGCCUUCCAACGGGAAGUGGAGAUUUCAUCUUUGGCCAGAAUGGAAUGAUGCAGAUAUCAAUGCAGAAAAAUGGGAUACUGGAAAAGUUGGAAAAGAAAAACCUGGAAAAGGUCUAAUUUCACCUGGAUUUGAUGAUCCUGAAGGGAAAGUAAGGUUGCCAGCAUCCUUGAAAGUGCAUUCAUGGAAACGUCCAGAAGAGUUUUUAACAAAUGAGGUUCCUGUGGUAGUCCAAAAUGAAACCUCAUUUGACCUUGUUUCAGCAAACGAGCACAUAUUUUGCUGUGAGCUGAUGAGAUGGAUUGUAAGUGAAAUCCAUGCUGUCUGGAGGAUAUAUAAUGAAAAUUCCUUAAAUAGUGAAACACCCACACUUGUUUGGAAACCUUGGGAACACAUUUAUUCCUUAUGUAAAGCUACCAACGAACACGUACCACUGUACAAUAAAUUUGGAAAAUAUGUAUUGAAACUUUAUUGGAUGGGGUGUUGGAGAAAGAUCAUUGUGGAUGACACUAUGCCUUUCAAUGAAGAGGAGAAUUUGUUAUUACCAGCUACAACUUGCCAAAAUGAACUUUGGCCAAUGUUGCUGUCCAAAGCGAUCAUUAAGUUAGCAAAUACAAGUAUACAUGAAACUGGAAGAAGAGAGAUGGAGGAAUUUACAGUUCUACAAACACUGACUGGAUGGAUACCAGAAGUUAUUCCUCUCCAGCCUGAAUACUUGGACAAAGUUUGGGGCUUUUUGAAAGAGAUUGUACCAGAAUUCAAGUUGCCAGAGAAGAAGGCUCCAGAACCUGAGAUUACCGAGGAUGGCACAAAACCUGAAGAGACCAGAGAGUCAGAGUUAAAAAGUCGAGUUUCAUGUAUGAGUAAGCCAUCAGAUGUAACUGAGAAACCAGAGACAGCCAAUAGAAUUAGCAAAGAAAAAGCAGAGCAGAAAAAAGUAGGAAAGAAAAAAAAAGGAGGAGAGAAAGAAAAAAGCAAGGUAGCACUUCAGUCUCCAGAAAAGUUGGCAAAAGCCCAAGGUCUUCAGGACUUAACAGAAAAAUCGCCCACACCAGCCCAGCCAGAAAUGGUCGUGUACGCUGGCUGUACACCGCUGCAUUUGUUUGAAGAGGAUAUUUUUUUAUUAACACGAAUGGCUGAUUCUUCAGAGAAGAUGAGGCAAUAUGGGCUUUCCCAUAUACACAGCCAUCCUGUCCUGAUCACUAGAACUAGGUCCAGUUCUCUGGUAGCACCGCCAGAACCACCACCACUCCCUCCUUGGAAGCUUUUCCGUCAGAAAAAGCAAGUUGUUGUGACAUCUGAACCACAAGAGCCUGUGGUAGAGAAACCUGAAAAACACGUUGAGAUCGCUAGCCUAUUUUUUAAAUACAAACUGAAUAUUAUCAAAACACCAACAGACACCCACUGUCCACAGUCUACCCUCAAAAAAGGAUUUCAUUCUAUAACCCAUCUCACUUCUGUUACUGAAACUGAUGAAAAUGACAGCAAUGGGGAUAUGAAUCCAAAUGGGAGACACUCAAAUGCAGAUUAUUCUCAGGAGACCAUUACCUUGUUGCAACAAAAUGCAGAAGAACAUGGUAAUAUCAGUUUAGAUGUAAAACAAAUGUCAGAAACAGUUGAUACUGAUAUGAAGAACCAGACAGGGGCUAAAUCAAAGGACGAAACAGCAUCAGAAAAGAUUUCAGUUUCCAGGGAAACCUGGAUUACCUUUGAAGACUUCUGUGUUUGUUUCCAGAACCUGUAUGUUUUCCACAAGCCACAUACAUAUGCUUAUAAUUACGUGAAAACAGGUUUUAAGUCUUCUGAUGAGGAAAUCUUCUAUUAUCUACUUGUGGACAGUCUGACGCCCACUGAAAUCCUGGUUAGUUUUUCUGCAUUAGUGCACUGCUACGUUACUGAAGGUACUAAACAAGAAUGUUCAACGGGUGUGCUGAGGGUUGAAUAUUUCUCUUGGAAAUCUGUGACUCCUGGAGAGCUUGUGUUAAAGAUGCAUACAUCUGCAACCAAAGCUACUGUGGUAACUCUUCCUGUUGGGCGACACAUCCUGCUCUUCAGAGUAACUUCUCCCAUAGGGCACCACAUUCAUCUGUGUACCAUGGUGCCAUGUGUCUUUGGAGAAGAGGAUGCUGUGAUCCCAGCUCUUCAGAAGGAGAGCUCUCGAUUUAUAGAACAGGCUACAGCUAUCCUGAAAGCUGUUGGAAAUGUGAUAAAUAAUUUCAGCAGUAAGGAUGAGCUUCCUAAAGCCUUGAAGGAAUUGGAAGUAGCUCAUUGUCCUCCUGGCCUCCAUGAUACUGAAAUAGCUAAAGAAAACAUCAAGGUUUUCAAUGAUGCAUUUUGGUAUUUGAUCAAAUAUGUAUUAGACAAGAAGGAUCUUAACAGAUAUAAAUUUGCCUUCAGGUCCUUUACUUUGGAUUUUAAAGACAAUAUUUCUGAGGAUGACACUGUGUUUUCAGAGAGCAGUGAGGAGAAAUCCCUUAGUAGUUGGGAGAAUCGAACUCCCACAUCUGAAGAAGAAGCAGCAGCUCUCAAAAUUCAAACUGUCUGGAGAGGGACCUAUAUUAGGAAAAUACUGAAGAGCAGAGAACCAGGUACUAAAGAAAACACUGACGUUGAAGAAACUUUGAAAAACCUGUGGACUAUGAUUGAGUUAAAUUUUGAACAGUAUGCUGUAAUGUUGUUAAGAGAAAUGUUUAAAAGAAACCGUAAUUCAGCUGAAAAGUUUCCUUGUUAUGAAGAUGAAUGGUGUAAAAUGUAUUUCACUGACUAUGCAGUAACAUAUGCUGAUCAACCACCAAAUGCAUGGUUUCUGGUUUUCAGAGAAAUAUUUAUUGUUCCGGAAGACAUGUUCGUAUUGACAAAGGUGUUUACCACUAUCCCUUCCUGUAGACUUCAUGUUCUUGAUAAUGACACACAGGAGGAAAUGCCACUUGUCUUUUUCAAAGUGGCAUCUCAUGUUUAUCCCAAAAAUAAGAAAGGAUACACUUUUGUGGCUGAAGCACACACUGGUGACCAACCUGUGCCAGGUGGGAAAUGGAAACUCCGCUUCAUCAGCUCCCAUAGUGCCCUUCCAUUUCUCUCUCGUAAGGCUGUAAAUAAUAGUUAUUCCACUCAACAAUUUAAGGAGUAUUACAUACCCAACGAUGAGUUCCUACUGUUUAGGUAUUUUGUAAAAGUCACAGCACCACUUACUGCUACAUUGCAGGUUCAAACCUCUAAUUCAGAUGUAUUCAUUAAACUACAAGUCCUAGAUAAUGAGAAGGAAAUUACGAGUGUCAUUGGAAAGGGCAAUGCAGUCAUCCCAGUUUUUAAUUUCUGGAGUAAUCAAUCACUUCUGAGCUCCCAGU